AAACAAGGGAAAUCAAAAAUCUUCAAAAACCCAAAACAAAACCCUGUUGUUGGAGCUUCCAUUAGGGUUUUAACGAUUUUCAAGCCAUGUUAGCCGAACCCACCGAUCCACCCCCUACACGAUCGGAGCAAAUCAUCAACACAUAUGGCGUCAAAAUGCAUUCAAAACCAGACACCAUGAUGGACAUGGAGUAUUCAGUUACUGCAGUAGAAUCCAUAAUAAUGUACACAUUUCAAAACAAGAAGCUUCUAGAACAAGCCUUAACACAUCCUACUUACGCCGACGGCCCGUCGUACCAACGGCUGGAGUUUCUGGGUGACUCUGCUCUCGGACUCGCGAUUUCAAGCUUCUUCUACUUGACGUACCCUGAUAUUGAUGCUGGUAAACUCUCUGAUCUUCGUGCUGCCAAUGUUAGUAAUGAGAGGCUUGCUCGAGUUGCGGUUCAUCAUGGGCUUCAUAAGUAUAUUCGACAUAGCAAAUUGAGUCAUAAGGUUUGGGAGUUUUUUAUUAAAGUUGAGGAAGAAGAACAGAUGGCUGUGUAUGGUGGACAGAUGACAGCCCCAAAAGUUCUUGCAGAUAUUGUAGAAUCGAUGGCUGCAGCUGUAUACAUUGAUUGUGGGUUCAACAUUCAAAUGAUGUGGUCGAUAUUCAGAAACCUACUCGAGCCGUUAGUAACGCUUGAUGGCAUUUUGGCUCAACCACAGCCUAUUACAGCACUGUAUGGGGCAUGCCGGAAGGAUGGGAAGCGGGUUGAUAUACGAUACUCGAAGAAUGGUGGCAGAAACAUUGCAAGUGUGUUUGUGGAUGAUACAUUUAUUGCAUCUGGCUGUUCCGAUUCCCUAAAGAAUGCAAAGCUUCUUGCAGCCGAGGCUGCUUUGUUGAAAAUACCGAAAUCUAGAAGUGGUGAUGAUCUUGAUUUCAAUGAAUUAAUGGAGAUUGAAGGUGCGAAACUGAAACUACUUGAACUCAGCAACAAGAAGAAGUGGCCAAAGCCAAAUUACAGAGUUGAGCAGGAGUUGGGUCGUGGACAUGAUAAAAGAUACGUAUCGUCUGUUCAAGUGGAGGUUUCUGGUACAGUUUUGUCUGUGAAAGGAAGUGAGAGAAGUAGGGUAAAGGAUGCUGAGAAUUCUGCGGCUUCAUUGAUGUUUUGUGUUUUGCGAGAGGCUGGAUAUACCUUUCAAAGUUGCAUCAGACUGUCUUCCCCUCCUUUUCUCUCUCUGUCAAACCUAGCCCAAACCACCGCAAUCCACCACGAAGGAGGAGACUCAACUGUGUCGCUGCACUGUUCUCGUUUUCCGGUGGUUGACGUAUACCAACGGUUCUGCGAAAAAAACAUCAUCUGUUCAUCAUUGUUCUUGAAGAUUAAGAUGAAGAAACGAGGGUUUAACAACAACAAAAAACCCACGAAUCACAGAUCAAGCAAGCGAAAAACCCACCCACAAGAAAAAAUCAUCCACACAUACGGCACGGAUCUGUGUCUCCAACCCUCCACACAACCCGUUCAACAAUCAAUAACCAUAGAAGACUCAAUAGCAGCCGUUGAGUCUAUAUUAUCGUACAGUUUCAAGAACAAGAGGCUGUUAGAAGAAGCGUUAACGCAUUCUUCUUGCACCGAUGGUUUGUCGUAUCAGCGGCUGGAGUUUUUGGGCGAUGCGGUUAUCGCACAAAUGAUAUCGAACUAUUUCUUCUUGAAAUAUCCGGAUGUUGAUGCGGGUAUACUCUCGCGGCUUCGGGCUGCGAAUGUAAGUAAUGAGAAGCUUGCUAGGGUUGCGGUUAAUCAUGGGCUGCAUAAGUACGUGAGGCAUAAUAAAGCUACUGUUCUUAAUGAUAAGGUUUUCGAAUUUUUGAUUGAAGUCGGUGAAGAAGAUAUGGUUGUGUAUGGUGGACAGAUGAAAGCUCCAAAAGUACUUGCGGAUAUCGUUGAAUCUGUCGCUGCAGCUGUAUACGUUGAUUGUAGAUUUAACUUGCAAGAUACAUGGAUGAUUUUUGGGCACCUACUUGAACCGUUAGUCAUGCUUGAUGACAUUUUGGCUGAACCACAACCUAUUACUGCACUGUAUGAGGCUUGUCAAAAGGACGGAAAACAACUUGAUAUACAAUACCGGAGGAAUGGUGACAAAACCGUUGCAAGUGUCUAUAUGGAUGGUAUACUUAUCGUAUCCCGCUCUUCCGACACCAAAGAGAAUGCAAAGCUUCAUGCAGCCGAGGCCGCUUUGUUAAAAAUAACAAAACCUAAAACUAGUGAUACGGGCCCACAAGCUAUUGUUGAUUUUAAUGAUGCACUAGAGAUUGAAGGUGCCAAACAAAAGCUAAAUGAACUAUGCAACAAGCAAAAGUGGCCAAAGCCGACUUAUAAAGUUGAGAAAGAAUUGGGUCCAUCGCAUGAUAGAAGAUACAUAUCGUCCGUUCAAGUUGAGAUUCCUGAUGCAACUUUAUCUGCGAAAGGAAAUGAGAGGUCGAAGGUUAAGGAUGCUGAGAAUUCUGCAGCUUCGGUGAUGUUAGAGGAUUUGCUAAAGGCUGGAUACACGUGAGAGUAUAAAAUUAAAAAAGUCACGUGUAUAUUAACUGGUCGGUGUUGACUUUUUGACCGAUGACUCUCUGCAGUUGGCUUUUUUCCUUCAAUUGGCAAACGUCAAACUUCUGAUUUUCCAGUUCUCCCGACAGCCAUUACUCGGCAUUCUGGUUGAAUUAUGUACGCUAUUGACCACCAAUCUUCUAAUUUAACAUUUUUACUAGCUGCCCAUAAAACACUUGAACAUCCAACAGCUCCUGGUUGCCUUUUAAUUUCCCUUUGACUAUCAUUCUGUUAUAAUUUCAUUUGAAUUAACUUCACUAGUCAGACCUCAAUUGUUGAGUUUCACAUGUAAUAGACUUUUAUAUCGUUGUACUGUAUCCAACUGUUGACUUCCAAAUGUCUUAGACUUGAUCCAUUGUUUGACUUUUCACUUU